UCUCGUUCGAAUUCCGAAAAAUGUCACUGCAGGCUCAUCGUCCUCGUGUUACUGUCAACGGAAUAAGAAGAAUGAGAACACACCGUUACUUCUGGUGCCAACAUUGCCAACGUACCAUAAGGAUUGCCUCUUCCAACCCAUAUACAAUUCUAUGUCCCUACUGCUCCACCGAGUUCAACCAUGAGCUCGAUGUAGCAAAUCCUAGGCUUGCCGAUCAUCUUAUUACAGACCUAGAACAACCACCCUCCCCCGCUGCCCGGUUACUGGAGUCCUUGUCUCUCGCCCUCGAUUCAAGGCUUCCAAGAGCUCGAUGGCAGACGGAAAACGAAGACGAACGAUUGUCUUGGAUCACCCUCCGAUUUGAUAGACCACCUCGCACUCCGCGACUCCAAGUUUCUGCGUCAUCAGAAAACCUUGUGCCUCGACCAAAUUAUAAUCGCGAGGAUGGCGCUUUUGAGGAUGCGGUAAGAGAUGUUACUGGAGAGACUUGGACUGUUGAGAAUGACCGUCCAGGUCCCCCUCCGGCAGCAACUUCUGCCAUUCGAGCUUUGCCAUUGGUGACAGUCUCGGAAGGGCAGUUAGCGAACGAGCCCAGUUGCCCCGUGUGCAAGGAAGCGUUCGAGGUUGGUGGGGAAGUGAGGGAGAUGCCAUGCAAGCACGUCUACCAUUCUGAUUGCAUACUCCCUUGGCUUCACAUCCACAAUACUUGUCCGGUUUGCCGCUACGAGCUUCGAACAGCCGGCAGCUGUAACCCUAAUGACGAUUACUAUGGAGAUGAGGAGGAGGUGACUGAAAGCCCAGAUAUUUGGGGGUGGUGGAAUCACUUCAUAUCCUUCUGGCCAUUUUCUGCAUUGGUUAAUUGGACGCAACGUUACUUGGAUAACCAACAACGUACUGGAGACAGAACCUGGUGGUCCCUCUUGGAUGAUUCUAUAGGACAUUUGUUCCUUAAUUGAGCUGUUUCUUUUUAGAACAGAUUGUACAAUUUGGAGCACUUUUAAUUAGUUUGAUGGAUUCAAUUUAUCAAAGAAUUGUGAUUGUCCAUAAGAAAUCAGAAGGAAAAAAUUAUGUUUGUUCAUUGACGUUUUAAGAUUUAUACAAUCAACCUAUUUAGUAAAAUGAGAAUGUUGUUGUUGUUCAGUCCUCAAAUAACAUUGUACAUAAACUAAAGAAAAGAAAUAUACCUCUGUCAUCUCUAAUUCCAU